AUGGUGAAUAAAAACGGGAAAUCGGCGGAGAAAGGUGAGUAUCUAAAUAAUUCACCACAAUUAUGCAAGAUACGAAGGCCCGCCUUCGUAUCUUGACUCCCCCUUCCAACUACGUCUCUUAAUACCUUCGAAAUUGUAUUUAUUUCAACUUUGACAACUUUUCUAUUAUCUGCUGUUUUAAUUCUCGGUGCUUGAGAAGGUUUUGCUGACUGCUAGCUUUUGAUAUUGCAAUCAUUUGAAAAAUGACUUUGAAGAGUGAGUCUCAAUAAGCUUUCAGGCGCAAUUGCAGAUGCAGAUGGUCAUCAGCAGAGUCCCAUUGAUAUCGUCACUUCGGCCGUGAUUCAUGAUCCGAGUUUGAAGAGCUCAAAGCUAAAGAUUAAUUAUGAGAUCGGAGAUGCCGAUACUGUUGAGGUAAGCGUUAACAUAAGGCUGUAUAAUUUUGGAAAAACUGGAAGUGGUUGCAAAUAAAUGUUCGAUGAAUGGACUCGAACUUUGCUCUUACUCAUACCAUUGUUAUGUUUUCUCAAAAUUCAGUUUCUUAAGAACAAAUUCUGAGUAAGUCCCAUGUCAUCGAAAGAAUACGGUGUAUCGAGUUCAUUAUAUCAAAUCUCGAGGUUUUUGCGGCGUUUAGUUUCGGGCAGAUGAAAGUGAUGACUUAAGAUCUACUUAUUCCGAUGGCCAAACGGCUUGCCCAGGAGUUGGAUUGGCUUGAUGACCUUAGAUAAAUUAUACUGAAUACCAAUCCAGCUCAUAGGCUCAAUUUAGAUAUAGUUAUGGCUAGCCAUCUAACUCCUUUGCUAGCCGUUACAUAGCUAGAUUUAUAAGCAAUUGUAAUUUUCCAGAUAGCCAUAUCUCUUAUUACUCGUUUUCUUGCUUGUCCAAAGAGUGCCCCUGAAUUGCUCACCUCCUAUUCCAGGUGACAAAGAAAGGUUUCAACGUGUGGAUGAAGAAUGGAGCCAAGUCCUCGAUAGCCGGCACCCAUCUGCCCUACGGAAAUGAGUACCGACUGGCGCAGUUUCACGCGCAUUGGGGCGAGAACAAAAAGUGCGGAAGUGAGCACUUUCUGAACGGAAAACCCUACUCCGGUGAGGUAGGUGUUUAUAGGGCAAACAAGAUUGCUUUACGUGCAAGUGCGGGUUCUGUUUUUCGAAUGAAAGUACUCGAUUUUGUAUGCUGUGAUACAUAAAAACAACAACAUAGAGAAUGCAGCACGAGUGCCAUUAGAAUACAAUAGAAAUAGAGGUCUUGAAGGAAUCACGGACUUGCAGCGUGAUAUCAAUUUGUAUCACAAGAGAAAUGGAAGGCGGUUACUGUAACUUGAAUGUGUUUAGAUCCACUGUGUCUUCUGGAACACGAGUUAUGGGACGUCGGAGAACGCUUUCAAACAUGCCGAUGGGAUGACGGUACUUGCCAUUUUUAUACACGUGAGUUUUAAGGUUUGAUAGAAGGAAUGUUGUAUAUGUGAUCCACCAAACUCUCGAAAGAAAUUGUCAUUUUCCGCGCAAUGCCCGGAAAGACUAGUCCGUCCGGAAAGUCGCCGGACGGAAAUUGGCGACAUGCACUCUGCGAAAACGAAAGUUCACUUUGCACUGUGCAAUUUCUUGCCUUUUGCACGGUGCAAUAGGUGUUUCUUCGGCUGUCGCUCGCACCCUGACCUUUUUCUCACAGUGUAUGUCGCCGAUUUCCGUCCGGCGACUUUCCGGACGGACUAGGAUAAGGCUACAAAAAAAAAUAAAAGAUUUUCCUCCGACAGUCACUCUUCCUUUUUCAUAAUCUUUUAUCCCCGAAGACCACCGAUUACUUUGAAUGCACCAUUGGCUCUUAAAAUUACCACUGGCCCAAAUUUGAUCGACAAAAUCUCUUUCCUGUUUUUUUACGAAACCCCCUAAUCCUUAUUUUUUAGGAACACGCCCACAAUAACAUGGCCUUCGAACCUCUGAUAGAUUCCAUUAAAUUUGCUCAACGAAAUUCGGACAAGAAGGCCAAAGUGAAUCCCAACUUUGACCUCAACCUCCUGAUGCCUGAUAAGCACUUUUUCUACACGUACCACGGGUCUCUGACAACGCCACCACACGACGAAUGUGUGAUCUGGACCAUUCUGCGGAGGCAUGUGCAUAUUGGUCAUUCUCAGGUGAGGGGAUUUCACCAAUUCUGGCGGCUUCCAUGGAGAUGGAACUUUGCUUUUAUCUGUGCAUUGCAUAUUGAAAGCGUUCUGCAUGUCAAAGUUGACGAUUUUUUAUAAUGCAUUUAAAUCUCCGUAUUCCAACAACAAAAAGCUCUUCCCUAAAUUCCGGAAAGUUGCCGAAAAGACCAAACUUCGGCGACAUGCACUGUAAGAAAAGAAAAAUUCACUUUGCACUGUGCGUUUUUCAAAAAAGCGGAAAGGGCACAGUGCAACGCGAAAACAAGAGCAGCGACAUUGAAGAAAUCAGAGAAGAAACCGCGAAAACGCCUUGCUCUUUGCACCGUGCGAAUGGUCUGUCGCUCGCACCCUGACACUUUGUUCACUGAAAUGCACAGUGCAAACACCAAAAAUCGCGCUCCAGCGACUUUCUGGACAGACAAAAAUUUUUGUAAUUUUAAUAUUUUUCAGAUGGAAGUGCUCCGUUCGAUUGUCAAAAGUAAUGUGCGAAAUAUUCAACCACUGGAAGGUCGAAAAAUACGCUCUUCGUUCGUCCUCAAACAUCGGGAUGAGAGUGAACAUCGGCAGAAUGGCCGAAGUGAGAAUGGGAAGUCAGGUAGUGAGCACGAAUAA